AUGUUAUAUGUACAUGUAUCAUUUCUGUAAUGAGAUGAUGUAUCAGUGCACCGUCUGCGGGAAAUUGCUGUCAGCAGAAUACAAGCUGAAAAGUCACAUGACCAUACACACUGGUGAAAAGAGUUUUACAUGUCAAAUUUGCAAUCAAGUGUUUUCUCAGAAAGGCAAUCUGAAAAGGCACAUGGAUGUCCAUACGGGCGAGAAAAAUUAUAGUUGUGAAAUCUGUGAGAAAUCGUUUGCCGAUAGAAGCAGCGUAUAUAGACAUUUGAAAAUACAUACUGGUGAGAAAAGUUAUAGUUGUAAUCUUUGUGACUAUGAAUGCUCUCGAAAGGAUUCUUUGAAAUCACACCUAGGAACCCACUACAACGAGAAACUGCAUCCAUGCAGUAUCUGCGGUGAAGUGUUUCAUAUGGUAAACGAUGUGAAGAAGCACAUGCUUGUACACAGUGGUGAGAAAAAAUUCCAAUGCCAACUAUGUGAUAAAUCAUUCACUCAAAAAACUGGUCUCCAGUAUCACAUGGCAAUACAUACAGGAGAGAAGAGGUAUAGAUGUGAGGUGUGCAGUAAAGAAUUUUAUGCGAGAGGUACUCUAACUAACCACAUGAAAGUACAUACUGGUCGAGUGAGGAACUAUAGUUGUAGAAGCUGUGGUAAUGCUUAUACUGCAAAAAGCUCUCUUCUGAAGCACAUGACAAAACAUACUGGAAACAAGAGCUGAAUGUGUAUAAUUAUUAUGAUAUCAUAGUAUAACAAAAGAGCAUUAUCAUGGUACAUUUGUUUAGCAAAAGGAAACCACUCGGACAAUAUUUACUAGUUAUCAUGGUUUCAAAGCAGCACAUCUUUAUCAAAAAUUUGUAAAUCUUUAAUUUACAAUCAAAUCAUGAAAGACAUAUUUUAUAGUAUUAUUUAUGUUUGUACAAAUAUUUGAUAAUGCAUGUGUGAAUGUGUUUGUAGUAUGUUAAAUGUGACAUAAUUUUUCGUUUUUUUUUUAUCACAACCAUACAACCCUGUUACUUAUGCAGUGACAGAAAUCUCUGUUUAAUUUUGACAACUUAUUACUAAAAUAUAUUAGCAAUUACUGUAUAAUUAUGUCAAUAUUUAUAAUACUGUGUCACUUUUCAUUGGAUAAUCGUGACGUUUAUAUAGUUUUAUAUACAUGGCUGCUGUCAAUUCUCAUAGAAAUCUCAAUUUUUUCUCAAAAAAAAGGAAGUUUGGUGUAUUAUUAAUUCAUUUUAAAUAUUCCUGACCAUAUUCCUGACCAUAUAUAUUGUUUGUUUUGCAUGUACAUGUAAGAUUGAAAUAUAUUUCUAUGAGUGAACACCAGAUGCAAUAUUUUCAUUUACAUACAUAUAAUGGACGUUUUCGGGAGUUUUCAUCUACACAUACAGGCAGAAUUAAAACUGUUUAAUAGAAUUUCUUAAAAUUUGGCAUGUUGUUAGAAUGACAGAAAUAUUUUGAUUGAAAAACAGUUGGGUGUCACUGACUUCUGUUUAUUUGUUCAUAAUUUUAUACAUAUAGUCUAUUAGAACUGUCAUAAUAUGUAUUUUACUUGAAAUAAAAUAUACUAUUUUA